GACGUCUGCAAUGAUAUGUCUCAGUGCCGCGAUUCCAAGUGGGGAUCGUAUUGCAAGACUUGGCAGAAUCCGGCGGUUUGUUUCGGUAUCAUCAAGAAGGAUGAUGGUUCUCUUUGCUUUGCCCCCACUGAUAGUGACUGCGAAGGUGAACCCUACUAUUGUUAG